UUUUCUAAACACAGUAACUGAUAUGUGAUUUCAACAUUCUCAUUGAGGAAGUAGAAAUUUCAAAUACCUCAUCUAAGAAUAGAAAUUUUUAUUCAAUUUGCAGAAAAAUGUCUUUAAUUUCCAAUGUGCGUCGUUUAAUUAUCAAACGAGGCUUGCGCUACCCCAUUUAUGGCAGUCAACGUUUCAAUUGUGGUGAGCCAUAUCAUAACACGCUGAGAAAUCUCCUGCUGCAAAAGGAUACGAAAGUCAUUUGCCAAGGUUUUACCGGCAAACAGGCCACUUUUCAUUGCAAGGAAGCCUUGAAAUAUGGCACCAAAAUUGUGGGCGGAGUCUCUCCGAAAAAGGCCGGCACCAAGCAUUUGGACUUGCCAGUAUUCGAGUGCGUCGAGGAAGCCAAGCAAGAAACCCAGCCCCAUGCUUCUGUCAUUUAUGUACCACCUCCAGGGGCAGCAGAGGCCAUAAUGGAGUCUAUCGAAGCGGAAAUUCCUCUCAUUGUAUGCAUUACCGAAGGCGUUCCCCAACAUGAUAUGGUUAAGGUGAAGAAGGCCCUAUUGGCGCAGGACAAGUCAAGACUGGUGGGUCCCAACUGCCCAGGGAUCAUAGCUCCGGAGAAGUGCAAAAUUGGCAUAAUGCCUGGCAACAUACACAAACGUGGCAUGGUGGGUAUUGUCUCCAGAUCCGGCACCCUUACCUACGAAGCCGUCAAUCAGACCACCCACUAUGGCUUGGGUCAAACAUUGUGCGUCGGCUUGGGAGGUGAUCCCUUCAAUGGCACCAAUUUCAUCGAUUGCCUAGAACUAUUCCUAGAAGAUCCCGAAUGCAAGGGAAUAGUUAUGAUUGGAGAAAUCGGAGGCGAUGCCGAAGAAAAGGCUGCACAAUUCCUAAUGGAAAAUAACUGCGGCGAUCCACCAAAACCAGUGGCAGCAUUCAUUGCCGGCCUCACCGCUCCACCAGGUCGACGUAUGGGACAUGCUGGAGCCAUAAUAUCAGGAGGAAAGGGUGGGGCUCAGGAUAAAAUCAAUGCCUUGGAAAGUGCCAAUGUCAUCGUCACCAACAACCCCACUACAAUUGGCAAAGUUUUGUACAAAGAGUUGAUAAGUUUGGGAAUUGUGAAAGAUGAUGGCAAGAAGAAGUAGAUGACCUUAAACCAGCUAAAAUCAAAAACAACUCAAUAAAUUCUAGUACUGCUUUUCUUUUGCAUGCAUUGCAUGCAUUUUUUGUCAAAAUAAAUAAACCAACAAAACUGUUGUUUAGAUUGUCUUGUAAUGGCAAAAUGAA